CCCCGGACUCCCGGCCGCGAACAGCCUAGGGAGGGACGCGGGCGGGGACGGAGCUCGACGCACUCGCUGCCGGAGGGUGAUGGCCCUGCGAGGGGGCAGACUGCGACUCCAUCCGGAGUCCGCCAGAGGCUCGCGGAGGCGCGGGGUUCCGGGCGAGCGCUGAGCGCCGGCUCCGAGCGCCGCGGGUCUUUACGCAUUCCACGUCCACAGACUCCGACGAAGGCGAGGAUCCACUCUCGUUUUUUUUUUUUUUUGUUUUUUUUUUGGCGGCUCGUAAUGCUCCAGAGAAUGUCCGCGGCUGCCGGGACUCCGUGCGGAAAGAGACGUUUGCCCGGCGUGGACCCAAUGACCUUUUCAAGCUGUGCGCCUCGCAGCCUGGAGCGGGUCUGAGCGGCGCGGCGCCGGCGGACCUUUCCGCGGGAGGGUGUCUCUGCUGUCGUCUCUCUGGGUUUUCACGGGAGCCCCACACCCACGCGCCUCUGAGUCCUGGAAGAAAGGGGCGGCUCCCUGCGCCCCCCGGAAGCCCGGAAAAUGGGGAGCAAGGCCCUGCCGGCGCCCAUCCCUCUCCACCCGUCGCUGCAGCUCACCAACUACUCCUUCCUGCAGGCCGUGAACACCUUCCCCGCCGCCGUGGACCACCUGCAGGGCCUGUACGGGCUCAGCGCCGUGCAGACCAUGCACAUGAACCACUGGACGCUGGGGUACCCCAACGUGCACGAGAUCACCCGCUCCACCCUCACCGAGAUGGCGGCGGCGCAGGGCCUCAUGGACGCGCGCUUCCCCUUCCAGGCUCUGCCCUUCACCACUCACCUCUUCCACCCCAAGCAGGGAGCCAUCGCCCACGUCCUCCCAGCCCUGCACAAGGACCGGCCCCGCUUUGACUUUGCCAACUUGGCCGUGGCCGCCACGCAAGAGGACCCCCCGAAGAUGGGCGAGCUGACCAAGCUGAGCCCGGGGCUGGGCAGCCCCAUCUCGGGCCUCAGUAAAUUGACUCCGGACAGAAAGCCCUCCCGGGGGAGGCUGCCCUCGAAAACGAAAAAAGAGUUUAUCUGCAAGUUUUGCGGCAGACACUUUACCAAAUCCUACAACUUGCUCAUCCACGAGAGGACCCACACGGACGAGAGGCCGUACACGUGUGACAUCUGCCACAAGGCCUUCCGGCGGCAGGACCACCUGCGGGAUCACAGGUAUAUUCAUUCCAAAGAAAAGCCCUUCAAGUGUCAGGAGUGUGGGAAAGGAUUUUGUCAGUCUAGAACUCUAGCCGUUCACAAAACUUUACACAUGCAGGGGAGCUAGCUGGAAGUCACUUCUGCUUCUCAUGAGAGAUACCUCUCUUCAACAAAGUGUCUACUCACCAGCCUGUGUGUCUACUACCCGCACAAAUGCAUUUCCCAACAUGGGAUGGGCCUAAAGGCUUCACUGAGGAGAGAGGACAAGGACGGGUGCAUAUGUGUGUGGUAUUCAGAGGAAUGAGACUGUUUGUUUUCUUUUGUUUGUAUAGAAUUAACUCGGUGACCUCCCUAUCCCUACUCUCUCAAGAUCCUGCCCACUUUGGCACAGAAGAUUUGAAUGCUUUGGGCAGGGUUACACAUGGACUGUCCCUAAAGCUUUCCUAAUCCUGCAGGCUUUUUCCAUGUGGUCAGUUUCACAGCCCCACCCACCUCGACUGACUACAAGCUUCAACAGUUCCAUUGCACAGGCUUCAGUCACAUUAUCAAAGAAUGGCUCUUGCUCACCAUCAAGCUCAGGCGUAGUCUUGAAGUCCCUGUCACAGGGAUCUGGAGAUAGGUAUAACCAGAAAACGAUCCCUCUUCAUUUGUCUUUGUUGAAAAAAUGGGAAUCAGAAGCGAAUGAGGAAAAUCAGAGAAGAAAGUGGAGAAAGCAUUUCCCCUUUCGAUAUAUACAUUACUUCACAAUUUAAGGCUAAUUUAUCUAUGCAGUCAUUAAUUUAACAAAUGCUUAUUAUGUUCUUUUCAUUUGCCAAGCCCUGUGCUUGGUUCCAACGAUUUUCAUGAUCAGUUUCUGCCUUUCCAUAUCUGGUGGGACAUUUUAGAAUAAUUUAAAAAUCUCUAAUAGGACUUAGUUUUAUAGCUACCCUCAACCUACACUCUUCAGGAUCUCAGGUGAACUUUAGAACAGUGGGUUCCUCUUCAAAUUCUGAGUGUUGUUUCUUCUUUAGGAUGUCCAAGUGUGCAGGAAGUGAAUCUUACAUGAGACAAACUUAUGAGACAUCAUAGAGAAAACGAUACAUCUUAUCUUAUGAUAUUGGUCUGAUGCGCUUUUUUUUUUGGUGGUUUUGGGGUUUUUUUGGUGAGCUUUUUUGCAUAGAGAAGAGUCAUUCUUUGAGUUUUAAGAUUAGUUUUCCUUACAGCCUCUAUCAUAGUCAACUCAUGAAUUAAUACUCCUGGCCAGAAACCAGAGUGAGAAAUAUCACAAGUCACAACCGCAGUGUGGAAGACCUUUAUGAGCACUGUACUGAGCUAUGACUUUAAUCUCAUUUUACAAUCUCUGUGCGGGGGCGGGGGCAGGGGAUUAAAAAUAAUUUCUAAAUAUGAAUUACGUUGUAAAGUAAUUGUUACUCUAAAGUUACCAAUGUGUGUUAAGUCCACUUAUUGGUGCUAAUAUUUACAUAGGGGUUAUUGUGGCCUCGUGCUUUAUAAUGUAGUCAUUAAGAUUACUGUGUUGCCCAGGCACAUCCUCUUUUACAUUAGAAGGCCUUUCCAAAAUUUGACUCUAGGACAACUAAAUAUUUAAAAAGUAAACAAAUCUCAAAUCUCAGAUCAUAAGUAGGCCCAAAUACAACUAGUGAUGAAAUCAGAGGCAGUUAAUGCGAGUCUCUUCUACUGUUCAUUUGUCAGAUGUUAGCAUAGGCAUUUAGAUUUCUUCCCUUAAAUCAUGUUCAAUCAAGUACCCUUGCCCCAAAUUUGAUUCUGGAAGGGUCAGUCUACCCCUGGAAGGCACUUGGGAAACAUUAGUUCUUUACUAUUGUCAACAUGAUAGACGAGAUGCAUUUGGAUUAAACACAGUGUAGAAACUAUAGCAAAUUUUAAUAUGAAAGGGUAUUACCAUGGCAUGAUGGUUGCCUUUCUUAUUACCAAAGUAAUUUUAUUAUUAUUAUAAUAAAGAAAUUUUUAAAAAUAAAGCCUUGUAAAAGAAAUUUGAAGCCUUGCCAUAUAUUGCAAGCAGGAAUGGCUUUGUAUUUUGGAGGAUUAUUUGUGUUCAUCUUUAUUUGUAUGUUAUAUUGAGACCAUAUUUCCCAAUUUUUCCUUCUGAAAUGUAACUUGCCACUGAUAAGCACCUCUGCUGACAGCAAUGAGCAAUACAGGGAGUGGAGAUUCAGAAUGAUUCAGCUUUGAUGACCUGAGAUAGUUCAUGUUUAUUCCUGCUCCCUUUCUUUAUUGCUUUUUGGUCCUGCCCUUCCCCCUCCCCCCUCCCCACCUAACAUAAAUUACAUUAGUAUCUAAGCAAGUACCUUUUUUCUUGAAACUAUUCAAGGCAAAAACUGAUAGUGAAAACCAGUAACACAAAUAUAUCACAAGAAGAAAAAUUUUAAGGUAAAUUAUAAUGCUAUAUCUCUUAGGAUGCUUUCUACCUACAAGAAACAGAAAAACAGACUAAAAGUGGCUUAAACAAUAGGGAAUUUAUUUUCUUCCAUAAAAAAAGUCUCAAGGUAGGGUUCAGGGAUGUGUAAUUAAUUGGAGUGACAGGAUCAUCCAACGCCCAGUUCUUCUUACUUUUCUCUUCUGUAUCUUUUGUGCGUAAUUGCUCCCUUCAUGGACAGAAGAUGGCUGCAAAAGCUCCAACCAUCAGCUCUAGUACUUCAUUCUCACACACAUUCCAUAGGCAGAAAAAGGGGUUAUCUCUUUCUUGUUUCACUUUUUGAGAACUAAGAAUGUCCUCCAUAAGUCCAACCUGUCUACUUGCUCUCAUAUAUUAUUGGCCAGAAUUAAUUCACUUGCCCCUUCCUCAGCCAAUCACUGACAUGGAAUUAUAACCAUGAUUAACUAAGACUAAAAUUCACCUUUUAUGCAUGGAAAUGGAGGCAGUCUUCCUAGGAGCCCUUGGCUGCCUGAAAACACCUGAGUUCUGCAAGCAAGGAAGAAAGCAGAACUGGUUGUUAUUAAUAUUAAACAGAUGUUAAAAAUGAGGAUUCCAUGGACAACCUUAUGUUAGGACUAGAUGCCUGGUGCAUGAGAUUCAUGCACAGGUAGGGUCCUAGGUGUGGCUUGUGAUCAGGGCCAAUCAGGGCCUUCUGACUGCCAACUGGGGCCUCCCUUCCCCAGCUGCCUGCGGCCAGCAGGGGCAUCCCUUUGUUCUGUGCCGCCUCCUGGUGGUCAGCGCACAUCAUAGUGAGCAAUAGAACUCCUGGUCGAACUCCCGUGGGGACACUUUGCCUCUUAGUCUUUUAUA